CCGAACGACCCACCGAGGCAAAGCAAGACUCGUUCGCGAAGGACAUGGGAAAGAAAUACGCCGGCGGUGCUGCGAAGGAAGCUGGCAAGCAGACGGAGGACUACGUGAUGAAGAACCACGAUGAGCUCGGUCAGGACGCGUCGGGCGAGUACGACCAGGCCAAAGCCAGGGCGCAGGAGCAACUCGAUGAGGCCAAGCAGACAUGGGCGAAAAUAUUCCCCUGUUGUGCAUCGUAGAGACUCGUUUUUCUAGAGGCUUGCUUUCUUGUCGUCGGUCGCUUACUAGCACAUGCGCUGUUUUCCCGACUGCCCAUGACAUGUCACACUCAUUCGCAUGUAUGUGAGGGUGUGCCACCAUCGCAUCAAUCAAGAAGGUUAGAAUUCAGGUCGAAUGAAAGACGACUAUCUCCUCGUGAUGAGACUCGUAACAAAUUGCCAAAUGAGGACGGCAGGCGUAGAUGUGCUUGGGGUUGUUUUGGGGAUGAUGAUGCCUUGUCAUCGUCGUGAUUCCCGCUUUCUUGCAAGAUGCACGCCGCACGAAAAUUCAUCUCUGCUACCAGUAGACUUCCGCAAAGUAGCCCGCGCGCACUGUUGUCUCCUCUUCCACACAACCCGCUGCUCCGUUUGCGAGUCUCUAGACGAUGCUAUUCGGAAACCAUAAAUGAUCCCACACGCACGGACCUGCACUAUCACCUCCAACACCCCCCGACCCCGCUCUCGAACUCCGCACCCGCAUUUGCGCUGACCUUCCUCCCCUCUGCGCCUCCCUCUGCGACUUCCAGUACGGUCGUCGGCUGGUUACCUGCGACGUCGGAGGUGGAAGCUGAGGCUGGGCUGAAUGACUUCAAGGAGAAUCCCGGGUUCCGCACCCUACUCCAUGAGGUUAUUUCGGAAGCACUCAAGCAGGGUGUCGAUGACGUUCAAACCAACGCGGCGCUCCAAAUGGGCAGCGGCUGGAUGCAUAUACACGACGAACGGAACGUGCCUGCGCUAGGUCGGAUCGGCGACCCGGACGACAUCAUCGCGUCAGUUCUCGUGGAUGAGGGCAAGAUACAGCCAGAAACGUACCAAGCAAUGCCUGCGUACCGAUUAUGCACAGCAGACGGCCCGACGCAGCUGACUCCGGGUCUAGCCCGGAGACUGGUAGAAGCUCUAGAGACACGCGCUAGUCAAGAAAAGACAAGCUGAGGACUGCCGCGAUGGGCUGUGUGAUGGAGUCCACGAGGGGCAAUUACAGGUAAAGCUACAAUGCUUCCAGACGGUGGUAUCAAUAUUUAGUAGUACAUAGUAUAAAAAUAAGCGAAUCAUAGCGAACGAAGAUCGUUCAGUAUCUUAGAGUAGUUCUCCUCGAUCCAACGUUCACCCCCUUUCUCGCGGACCCACUUACGAGAGAAGCGUUUGACGGGGACAGUGCGGUGGACGGCGCCGUGUGUCAGCACAAGCGAGAAGCGACUGGAGACCUCGCUGCCGUGCACGUCGUCGUCGUCGUUGUCGUCGCUCGAGUCUCCACUGUCCUCGCACGAAUCGAUGUCCAACAGGCGCUUGACCGCCACGACGGUCUGCGCGUACACAUCCGUCGUACAGGGCGUGACCACGCCCUUCGCAUCCGGAGGAAAUAACUCCAGCUGGAUAGACUCGCCCAGAUGCCGGCGCAGCUUCGACACGCGUUUCCGGUGCGCGGUCGUGGGCGUAGGGGGCUCCAUGAUGAUCGAGCAGGUCGAAACAGGGGAUGCUGGAACCACGGGGAGGGGUUUCGAGCUCUGAUGAAUCUCGUGCAUCGCCGGCUGCAGUGCGUCUGGCGAUGUAUCGAGCCGGAGAGAAAGCGAAGCGAAGCGCGGCGGAAGGGAUACUCCGCGCGCAGGAACUAGAAGCGUGCUCGUGCUCGCGCCCAAAUUCGCGUCCGGGUCCGGGCGUGGGGUUGUGAUGGGGGUGGGGGGAGGGAUCGGCGUUGCAGGAAUGACAGAGAACAUGACAGCUGCGGGCGGACAGGGUGGCGUUGGGCGUAGCUCGGGCACGCUGGGCAGUGGGCGCAGUGAGUUGUGGGACAUCUGCCGCCGCGGACCAGCUGGGGCCGAUUUGGGGGCGGGUGACACGGGAAUCUGGGGCAGCGGCCGCACGCGGGGGCGCGCCGAUGCAGCAUCCACAUCUACACGCAGAGGGGGUUUGUGCGCAUGCCAGGGUGCUGAGGUAUAGCGCGUUCGAGACACCGAGAGAGGCUCGGCCGCGGCAGGAAAGGUCAGGCGACGCGGCACGUUCAGUGCGCGGACAGGUGGUAGGUUGACCUGGAGUGGCGGCUGGGAUAGGUCGAAGGCAAGGGACAUGGGUGUCGCGCGUGGUGGAAACGAGGCCAAAGGCACCAGCCAUUUAUGUGUCUAGGUCUCGGCAAUUCCAUAUUCGGCAGAGGGGCGGCAAAAAGCGACGCCUACGAAAUUAUAUCCAUACUUAGACCCAUUUGGUGAAAAUGGAGUGUCUGGUGUUCAUCCCAUGGAUGAAAUCUUGAGAACAGGGUCAUCGGGGCCGUGUAUAGGCAGAGAUUGCAACGAAAUGAGCUCCACAAGAUCGGUUGAACUGAAGCGCGGAGUGAAGAUCUACAGGGAGCCCUCCUGCGUGGCUAUACAGGCCCGUCCAGCCUCCAAUGGCAGUCUCCAGGGAUGUGUCCAGGAACGGUGACUGACAUGACAACGUUUCCCACGGUCGUUUGGUGGAUCCUGAUGCAGUGAUGGAAUCUUAUCCGAGGUUUCGUCGGGACUGAAGACGUCCUCCAACCUUCCAACAUUGUGCCUUGCAUGCUAGACUGAGAUAUUUUGCCCAAGUUCCCCUCCUCUAUAAAAUCAAGUUGAACUAAUCAAUAUUACUCAUCACACUCACGGGCCACUGGCAUGCUCUCGGUAGGCAACGAAUAUGCGACCACUGACGGCUCCGACGCGAUGAGAAUUCUCGCGAUCGCUUUCUCAAACAGACCUCGCUUGGACUAGCUGCAGGGGAUUUGUUCUCCAACAUCUCGGCAGUUGUCAGGGAUGCUGAGAUGAACAGGCAUUCCAUGAGAACCCCACGGCAAAAUUCAGCAGCAGUCCCUUGGAUA